GACAUCCAUUCUGGCUUUGUGCCUUUAAUGGAAGGCGAUUCCUGUGGGAUUCCUGAGCUUUUCCCCAUCACACCCAUGGAGUCCUGGAUGGAGUGUAACAGCUUACUGAAGACAACCAUGAAUCGGUUUGACGUGAAGACGCCUCCUUCUCGGAGCCGCUCCAAGACUGCUUUGUACGUGAUGCCUCAGGACCGCAUCACGGAGUUUGGCAGCGUACUGUAUGAAGACAGGAGGAAGCUGUAUUGCACUUUCUGCAAUGUGGUCUUGAACCACGUCCGCAAGUCUGCCAUCAACGACCACCUCAAAUCCAAGACUCACACCAAGCGCAAGGGGGAGUUUGAAGAGCAAACUGUGCGGAAGAAGCCAAGGACCCUGACGGCCUCUCUGCAGUGCAACAGCGCGCCCCAAAUAGAGAAACCCAACGUCGUCCACGACUUUGUAAAAAUGUUUCUGGAGGCCAGCAUUCCUCUUGAGAAGGCCGACCACCCUGCUGUGCGAGCAUUCCUCUCCCGCCACGUGAAGAACGGGAACUCCGUCCCCAAGGCAGAGCAGCUCAGGAAGGCCUACCUGCCUGAUGGGUUUACAAAUCAGCUGAUCAAAUCUGAAGACCACUGAGGAGCAGCCCUGGGCUCUAGGUGUGGAGUAUUGCAGUUGCAUAACCGUGGUGUGGUUUAUUUUUAUAUUCAUGCGCUUGCAGUGUUGCAUCAUGGUUUCUGUAUUGUAAAAAAAGACUACCUGUUGCAGAAUGCAAUGGUGUUUCAGAAACAGUUGGUGUUACAGGAACGUUGCUUCAA